ACUCUAUUUCCCCCCAAGUGGCACGGCCAUUUAUUCUUACAAUGCGUCCUUUACUCCAACGCAAUCUAGAAGCUACCAACGGUGUUCUUACACUAGGUGCCGCCCCCGACCCCUACGAGUGGCGGGAGCGGCCGCCACCGCCAGCUAUCGUUCGUCCUCCUAAAGCCUACAUAUCUCGACUUCCAGCCGAGCUAUUGACCCAAGUUUUCGAACAUAUUCAUCGUGAACAGUACUCGUACAGCUCAUUUCUACAAUUGCCAUCUUCCCACGUCAAUCACGCAUUCUACAACGCUUCACACAUAUUUUUGUACCGCAAAAUAGAGCCAUGUGUGUCGAAUUCGCCAAGGAAAUUACCUCUAUUGUGCAGGACACUACGAGAGAAGCCUAUGCUCGGCAAUCAUAUCCGCGAACUGAGCAUCAAUUUCAACGUUUAUGCCUCCCUCCAACGCGAAGAUUUGUCUUGCGACAUGUUUGAAAUGUUGGUUUACGUACUGGACCAUGCGCCGUUGACUCAAAGCCUAGAUAUUUAUUCAUGCUUUUCACGCCAUGGCAGCGUACUGGAGCAGUUCUUUCUAAGCGCGCUCAGCAAGCUACCGCAGCUUCAGAGUUGCCGUGUGCGUGGAUAUUCAGAGCCCCUCUUGUGCAGCUCAGAGCUGUAUACAAGUCUAAAUCAAGCGAAAUGGCUAAAAAGUCUCAAAUUGGAUCGUUCCGACUACGCAGAAAAGGUUGCCGGAAUAGAGACCCCUCCAACGACCAUCGAGAGGUCAGGAUCUAUCACCGAGCUAUAUCUUUUCGCUGGCGAAGACAGACGAAAAGGUGUAGCUCAAAUAUUACGCUGGCCGAAGAGCUUAAAGCGGCUUAAAGUAGAAGCCCAAGCAGGCUACGGCUACCAAACAGAUUUACGUUUCUUUUUUGAGGCACUCUCAAUACAAGGAGACUCGUUGGAGGAGUUGCAUAUCGGUUAUUUGGAUGACAAGAUCGGAUCACACCUUGACCUAAGCCCUUUUACAGCGUUAAGGACUCUCACCGUAUCUCGAUGGUCGUUUCCUUACCGAGACUUAGAAUUUUCGGAGAGUCUCGCGAAAGGACUUUUAGCGCCACAGCUGGUGGAAUUCUACUGGAAUUUCAACAUGAUCGAACAGACACAACCGGAUUUGAGUAGUUUGACUGCAGAAUCUGUAACUUGGAUUCACAAGUUUGGCCUGUUUGCUGCUAAGCAAGGCGCCAAACUGAAGCGCAUCAAAAUUAAGUUUGAACCUCAAAUAGAAGGCAUUUCGGAAGUUUAUACGUGGGAAUUGCUCGACCCAGUCAAGGAGGAUCUUGCUCUACAUGGCAUUGAGCUUGACUUCGAUCGACCCUUUGCCACUAAGCAAGCAUUUUUGGAUUAUAUGCAGGGCAUGCGUGACGACGAAGCCUAUUGGGAACGAAAGGACGAGGAAGAGGCCGAGGCAGAACGAGCAAGGAAGGCACGCAUGCCAAAGGAUAUCCUCAUCAGUUAUCAAGAGUGGAUUAGAAGAAGUCCUGAAAAUGCUGCCACACCAGAAGAAGAGGAGCCGGAUUUCUCUUCAAGAGAGUUUCAUCUGGUAGAAGGAAAAGAUAUUCGGGAAUACUUUCCAUUGGCGCCAGCUCUUGCGAACGACAGCGACGCCGCUGAUUAGGGACCAGUAAAACGUUUGAAUAACGAUUAUCAAUGAGAAAAAUAAUUUAGAAUUAAAUAUAGUAUUUUUCC